UUCCCCUCCUACAUGCUGGUCACUUCAGAAUUUUCUAGCAAAGCUUCAGCAGCAGGAUUUCUCUAACCUGAGAUUUCUUUACUAUACAUGUUUACUGAUGGACACAUUUUGUCCAUACUGUAAUAUUAGCAGUACUCGAUGAUACCAUAGGCCAUUAACCUCAUUGGAAAUCACAGUUUUUCAUUGCUUCCGAAAACACAAACAGGACACAAGCGUGCCCUAUCGCAGCAGCAAGAUGAGUAUAAAUGCAGAACCUACACCUGGCAGCAGUAGGCACAUGGAGGAGCAUGAAUUAUCUGAUGAGGACCGCGUUAGAAUAUGGGGAAAGCGGAUGAAGCUAUCUGAUGUAACGAUCAAACUGCUGAUCACACAUGGGUUUGAUUCCAUGGAGGCUCUGUCCCAAUAUGCACCAGAGGAUCUGCCAAAGCAAAAAAUUACUAUUGGACAGGCUAAACUUUUGAAUAGUGCAGUUAGAAAAACAUUUUCUGACAAAACAACAGACAUUGCAGUGUGUUCCGAGGAAACGGAUGCUGACACCCCUUUUAAUACACAACCCCAACCCCAACCAGAAAUGGAUGUAGCGGCGGCUGGUGUUGACCAAGUCAACCAGGAUGAUGUGUUCAUCCAAACUGUACUACGGCAGCUGGAAUCUGGACAGGGAACACGAACAGGUUCAACCAGGAAUAUACCAGCCACUCAUGGAGCUCCACCACCUACAGGUAAGGGUACAGCAUGUACACUAUCAUGGCAGGACCCACAAAUUUAUUUAAAAAAAUGCUGCCAAUCCUAAACGGCAGAAUUUUUAUGAUAUUCUUGACUUUGUAAAUUCUGACGGGUCCCCUACUGAGGAAGUGGUAUCUGGACUACCUAACGGUCAGUCAUUGGUACUUAAAACAGGCCCCAAAAAAUUUAAAAUUGAGAAUAUCUCUCAAAAUCAAUGGUCUAUGGCAAAUUUGGCAAUUCUGUACAAGUUAGUUGAAGAAGGUGCGCUUGCUCAGGACCAAAUCUUUGACUAUUUGUCCUAUACAUACAAAGUAUUUCAACUAUUGGCCAGUUUUGACCAAACCUCCGUAUUUCUUGUGGACAGGGAGUACCGCAGACUCCAAAAUACCCACAAUUUUCGAUGGGGUACAGAUAUCCCGCAUCUUCAAACGGUGCAUUUAAAACAUAGGACAUCAAAGCCAAAUGUCACUAAUCCAGCAUCCAAGGCAUAUCCAAACCCAAAAACGCCCCAGGGUGUUGAAAUCUGUCGACUCUUUAAUAGUCGAAAGGGAUGCUGGCUUCAUUCUUGCAAAUAUGAGCAUGUUUGUUUUGUCAAGAAUUGUGGCCAAAAACACCCUGCUUUUUCUCAUCCUCAUGGGGAUG